AGAAGAUACGCCUGUCAACGACGUCUCUUUGGACGUGAAGCUUCGAACAGCAAAAGGAAACACAACCAAUUUUGACCUGCAGAGGGCAGCAUAUCGUCCCGUAUAAGAUUACAAGGAGUGUCAAUCGAUGGAUCAAACAUCUGUCGCCCAGGCGAACGCCGCUCUUGAUAUCGUGCACGAAAUAGCAACUGUGCUCGACACUGGAUUGGACAAAGAGGAAGUGGCAAUCUUGAUUGCGCUCGUGGAGAACGGAGUAAAUCCAGAGGUGCCUCUGGUGGGGGCGGUGGGCCAGGAGUAUGUGCACAACGUGCUGUCAUCGACAGAUCCUCAGAGCGCUCUGAAGGAGAUCCAGCGGCGCGGCGCGUUCAAGAACCGCCGCUGCGAGCCGCUGCUGCGAUUGCUAGACCAUCUGGGCGCCAAAAGGUCUGACACGACGCAGCGAGUGCUGGAUGCUGCAAAGCGGCGGCUGCUGGAAGCUGUGCCCAAGCUUUCUCCCGAGCAGCUCACAUCACUGCUGGAGGCCAGCUUCGCCUACAUAGGUCUGCCGCAGCUGCGGGAGGUGCCUCUGGCGGUGCUGGGGCGCCUCAAGCCGGUGCCCGCCGCUUUCCUGAAACAGCUCGCCACCGACAAGGAGCUUUUCCAUGACCUACCCCAAAACGUGCAGCAGGAGGUGUGGGAGCUGGACAGGAAGCUGCUGCAGCAGCACGCGCUUCCGCUGGUGGAGAGGUACACCUGGGAGACCGGCACCGUGCUUAAGGCUCUCGAAAUGGACGAGUUUGUGCCGCCCGCGCCCGGCAGCGGCCCCGGGCCGCGCGUCGCACGCCGCAUCCAACGCUCCGGCAGCCCGACGCUGAAGAAGCUGGUGGCAAUGGUGGGCCGCUCGCACGCCAUCUACCGGGGCAUAAUGGACCUGUGCUGCGUGCGGCUGAGGGACAGCGAAUCGGCGUACUGCGGGGUGAAGGAGGCGGCAUACUGCUCCCUGCGCUCGCAGCUGCUCAUGGCCGCCCACGACGCCAACAUCGUCGAACUCACCUCCAAGGAGCCGGUGCACAAGCUGGCGUGGACGCUGGACGCCUGUUUGAAAGAUCGGGUGAUUGACGGCCGCCGCCUACGCGAACUCACCCACUUCCUCUCCACCUUUGACCGCCAGCAGGCCGCCCUCGCUGCAGCAGCGCGCAAAGCGGCUCCGCGCAAGCGCGGCCGGGAGGGGGUGGCGGACGCCGAGAGCAUGGGCGCGCCCGGACGCAGUACCAACGCCGGGGCAGAGCCGCUGCGCGCGCUGGCCGAUGCCGGCAUGGUCCUGCGCGACCCCUCAGUCAUGCACCUCAUCAUCCAUCACGUGCUGCGGCGGCUGGAGAGAUUGGUGGAGGAGCAGGCUGUUCCUUCAGAGGAUCCGGAUCUGGCGUUCCUGACUCGGCUGCUGCAGCUUGCCGGCGGCUGCCGCGCCAUGCUGCGCCAGCGGAAGUACAGCUUCCCGGCGGCUGACGCGGAUCUGCUGGGCACCUUCUACCCGGAGCUCAUUGGCUGCAUGCUCGAAAUGCAGGACGUGGACGAUGACUACGUCGACGAUGGUCGCACGGAGGCGCUGCCCAAUCUUAUAGGCAUGCUGGCUCGCAGCGAGGUCAUGCGCCAGGUCACCCAGGUGCUGUGCCUGGAGAGGGUCGCCGUUGGAGACACGCUGACAGCGCGCUCCCUGCUCGCCACAAUCAUCCAGGCGUUGGACAAGCUAUCGGAGGCUGCGCUGGUCGAGUUCGCUCCCUUCGCCGCUACGCUGGCGCAGCGGCUGGCGCGCUUAGUCAGCGGCGGCAGGCUCGCCCCUGGACAGCCGCUUUGGGCCCUUGCCAUCGACGGCUUCCUUCUGCGAGCAUGCGACACCGAGGGCCAGGUGCAUGAGGAGGUGCUGCGUCUGCUGCUGGCAGCGCUGCCUAAACUGGACACCGCCCAGCUGGCACACUACCUGCAGGAAACCCUCAAGCACAGCCGCAAGUCACGCAAGCGGACGAAGCGCCGGCAUGCAGAGGCUGAUGGAUUGGAUGAGGCGGUGGCGAUGGCCGGCUAUGAGACUGCCGGCUACAGCGGCUACCACUCCUCAGCCACUGACUACUACCCUGGCUUCAGUGAUGCGCGCGGUAGGGAUCGCCCCAGGAAUGCCGGCGGCGACAACGUCAAGUUUCUCUACAAGGAAUUUGUGAGACACAAGCCGGGGCUCAAUGCCGCCAACGCACCCCACCUCUUCGAGUACCUCAGCCCCGCAGCAGACACAGCUGCUGCAGAGUGAAAAGCUGAGUCCGCACACUCUGUAUUGCUUGGGAAAGAGGCGCUGCUGUGUGUGCAUCAGGAGGGAUUGUAUUAAUGAUAGCUCCUGUCUGCUGUGUACCUGAUUGCAGUCAUUGUACUGCAUUUAUUUGGGCACUUCAGUCCAGCUGCUUAUGGCGCCGUUGCAGAGUGACAGAGGUUCUAGAAUGGUCACCUGCAAAUUUCAUAUGAUUUAGACCCAUCAGAGGGCAGAAAAUUCACGAUAAUGCUGAGUACAACGAACGUCCCUUAUCUUUUUGAGAAGUAUGUGUGUGCACAGUUCUGCGGCAGCAGGUGCAGUUGCAGAGUGAUAACAGAAUUUUGCAGCCUGCAAAAAUGCUGGGCUUGGCGUAAGCACCUGCGGUGACCAUUGCCAGCUUUUUCAACGUACAAUUAUAAAUUUUACUUAUUUACAUAAUAAGACCCUAAAUCCAACAUUAGGGUGCUGUUCACUUGCACACCGCCGCCAAGAAAAGCACCUCCAGGAAACAUUCGGUCCUGCCGUUCAUUGAUGACAGGUGAUGUUCAGCAAUGCGGAUACAUAGGAAUCUUAAUACGACAAGGCAUACAGAGCCAUGUUGUUCUUAAACUGAUUCGGAUCAACAUGACGCAAAAGCACAUCUGCACAUCUGAUACGCGUAAGAUUAUACGCAAGCACCAUUGCUAUAAGCAGCAACCAUUUUAAAAAGACAGUUGUUCU